AUGCCAAAUCUAGAGACAGUUUGUGGACAGGCUGUCAAUCUGACUACACAUGCAGUGUGGAUGGAGCUCUUAGGCAACACCAUCCGGGAACACAACAUCACUAAGAAACUCAUCUACGGUUCUGACAAGGUAGGGUUUAACCCUGCACUGUCCGGUUGUGCAUGCGCUAUUGGCAUUUGUGGAGCUGGUGGAGUCUAUCAGCAGCAAGCUGGCAAGCGAGAAACAAUCACAGUCAUAGCCACCAUAUGUGCAGAUGGAACAUUGCUGCCUCCAGCUGUCAUCUUUAAGGACAAGGACAUCAGAGUUGGCUACUCAAAGAAGGGGUGGAUCAACGGUGAAGUAGGGAAGGCAUGGAUCCAGCAGUUUGAUGAAUUUACAAAAGAGAAAACCAACAGACACGCAAGGCUUCUUCUCGUUGACGGACACAACUCACACUACACCAAGGGCUUCAUUGCACAUGCUCGACAGGCCAACAUUCACGUCCUCUGCUACCCCACUCACUCAACUCAUGUAUACCAAGGGUUGGAUGUUGUCGUCUUUGCUCAGCUUGAGAACACGACAACACACCAGGCAAGGGUGAUGGGCUUCAACCCUUAUGCAAUCUCCAAAGAUAAGCUAGCGCCUAGUCGCGCAACCAUUAGCCAGAUCUUUCAUCACUUGAAGUUCCCGGACUCACCGCAGACCAGACUUGAUGACAAAGAAGACAAGGUGGAUUUGGUCUUGAGUGUACAACAAGUUUAUGAGGCGUUGAAUCAGUCCAAAUCGGCAUCUUUCCUAGCAGGGACUGAGCCCAUUCAGUCAACCUCUCACUUUCCAGAGUUCACUCUACCCCCUCUUAACACUGCUUCAACUGAUGUCCUGCAAGGAUUUGUUCCAGAAACAGCCAAUGAAGGGGUCCUGGCUGACGCAAUCUUGGCACUUCAGAACUGGAUGAAGCAGGAGCAGCAAGGCCGAGAAGCCAAGCGUGCAAUGAUCAUGAUCCAGAGUUGGUAUUGCAAGCGGGUGCAACAGCAGUUAGCUGAGAGGGAGAAGAAGGGAGUUAAGCAAAUUCAGAUAAUGGGGGAUGAUGAAACAGCGAAGGAGCAGCGGACAGAGGCACAGACAGCCUAUGACGAGGCUGUAGCAGCAUGGCAGGAGGAAAGUCGGAAGAGGGACCAGCACAAUGAGCAGGUGCGAGCAGACUGGAAUGCUAAAGUCACGAGGUAUGAGUCCGAGAAGGCGGCAGCCAAGAUGGAAAAGAGGAAGUGUUGCUUACCAAAGCCUACUGGCCUCCGAUCUCACCUCCUACAUGCUGUCCAAGCCCUCACUGGGUCUUCAAGGGAUGAGGGUGGUGGUGCAGGUGAUGGUGCAGGUGAUGGAGAGGAAUAUGACUUGGACAGGUUGGAAACAUCUGAGGACAAGGAUUAG